AUGGAGACAAAGGAACAACAUAAUAUGCGCAUUGCUAGCAAUCUAGAAAGAAAAAUCGAAAAAAGAUUAACAGAAACUAAUGAAGAACAGGAGCGUCAUCUAAACACUGAAAAAAAACGUAAAAGUGCUGCCCGUGUAAGAAAUAAUAUAAGAAAUAAUAUAAUGCAACAAACAGAUGUUAAGCGAAAUCACAGAAGUUCAACCAUACAAACCAGAUUAAACCAGGCCAUCUCAAUUAAUGAAAUAGAGCAAUGGCAACAUCAAGAUAUUUGUAGCCUAGUCACUUCAAUUAGAGAAAAAGAACAUUGUCAACAUAAUUCGAAUAAUGCAGCUUCCAUCGAGUGUGAACAACAUCAAUGGCAAGAUUCCUAUAAUUCCGCUACAGCCAUUAAUGUGAAUGAACAAUCUCAACCACAAAAAAUUCCGAAACAAAAUGGAUAA